AUGAACCCCAAGGCCAUCAUCCUCGUCGGCGGACCCUCGCGCGGCACACGUUUCCGCCCCUUGUCGCUCAACGUACCCAAGCCCCUCUUCCCCGUCGCGGGCAAGCCCAUCAUCUCCCAUCACAUUGCUGCCCUCUCCAAGGUCGAGGACCUCAAGGAGAUUCUCCUCAUCGGUUUCUUUGAGGACUCUGUCUUCUCCUCUUUCCUCCAGGAUGCUGCUCGCGAAUACCCUAACCUCCACAUCCGCUACCUCCGCGAAUAUCAAUCCCUCGGCACAGCAGGAGGACUUUACCACUUCCGUGACGAGAUCUUGCGCGGCAACCCCGACCAGGUCUUUGUCCUCCACGCCGAUGUUGCCUGCACUUUCCCCCUUGUCGCAAUGAAGAAGGCCCACGAGGGUCACCGUGGACUGUGCACGAUCCUUGGAACCCGUGUCCCUCGCGACUCUGCCAACAACUUUGGAUGCCUCGUCGCCAAACCCGAUACCAACGAGGUUCUUCAUUACGUCGAGAAGCCCGAGACUUUCAUCUCCAACUUGAUCUCUUGCGGUGUCUACCUCUUUGACUGUGCCAUCUUUGACGAGAUCCGCAAGUCCCUCGAGAACAAGAAGGGAAAUGUCGAGACUGAUAUUUACGGCAGGGAGGUCUUCCAGGAUGGCAACAAGUUGCGUUUGGAGCAGGAUCUUCUCCGUCCUUUGGCUCAGUCCCGCAAGCUCUUUGUCUACGAGACCAAGGAUUUCUGGAGACAGAUCAAGACCGCCGGAUCUGCUGUCCCUGUGAACGGAUUGUACUUGGAGCAGUUGUUGCAGGCCAGCCCUGAGAAGCUCGCCAAGAACACUCCUGGAGGACCCGAGAUUGUUGGCGCUGUUUACAUCCAUCCCACCGCCCAGAUCGAUCCCCAGGCCAAGCUUGGACCUAAUGUCUCGAUCGGCCCUAACGUGUCCAUUGGCAAGGGUGCCCGUGUCCGCGACUCGAUUGUGUUGGAUAACGUGGAUGUGAAGCAGAACGCCUGUAUCCUGCACGCGAUUAUUGGCUGGAACUCCAAGAUUGGAUGCUGGUCUCGUGUCGAAGGCACGCCCUCGGCAGCUCACAACAGCACAGCAGUGACCAAGUCUGGCCUCAAGAUUCAGUCGAUCACCAUCUUGGGCAAGGAGGUCUCGGUCAAGGACGAGACCAUCAUCCGGAACUGCAUCGUCUUGCCCCACAAGGACCUCAAGUCCUCCUGCGAGAACGAGAUCGUUAUGUAA